CACAUUCGCUGCGGAGCAAAUUUGACCUACUUUCCGUUGCUGGGAAGACGUAAACUGACUUUUAACUUCGUCAACACUCAAAAGAAAACCAUGUAUCCGAUGGGCCAGUCAGCUCCCCCUCCUCAGGGCGGAGGGUGGGGUCAGGCGCAAGGUUGGCAACAACAGCUGCAGUUCGGCCAGCCCCAACCUACCCAUGGUUACGGCAUGAUCAACCAGCACCAGCCGCCUCCACAGGCCAGUGCCACCUACGGGAGCUACCAUCAGCCGUUUUACAAGAACGUGUUUGAGACCAAUGCCUGGCAGGCUAUGCAGUUCAGUACAGAGCAGACUCUUCAGCAAGUCUUCAUGAGUUAUGCUUCCCAAAGACUAGGGGGAAUACAAGGAGAGGCACUUUGCAAAAUCUUGAAUGAAACCAAAAACAUAAGAGAUUACUAUGGAAUUAGCUGGAGUCUUGAGCUAUGCAAGAUAAUGAUUGCCAUGUUGGAUAGAGACAGAAAUGGUAUAAUGGGCUGGAAUGAGUUCAGCGAAUUACUCAAGUGUUUGGUAUACUGGUACCAGACAUUUUGCCAAUAUGAUGUCAACAGGUCUAAGUAUAUAGAGGCCUCAGAACUCCACACUAUCAUAUCUACUAAGUAUGGAUACAAGCUGUCUCAGCAAGCAAUGACAACGCUCUUGAAGCGUUAUUCAACUGCCAUGGAUGAUGGAAAAUGUUUGAUUGCGUUUGAUGAUUUUGUAUCUCUUAGUGUCAGAUUAAGAGCCUACACAGAGGCUUUCAGAGCUAGAGAUAGACAAAUGAAUAGGGGGCAUGAAACAGGACAAUACACUUAUAGCUAUGAUGAUUUUCUGCAAUGUACAAUGUGCCUGUAAGAAGCUAGCAGUUUUCCAGUCUUUUGGAGAAGAAUACCAAUAUUUUCUUUCUGGAUAAAUUUACUGAGUGCUUGCAUGCACUGGUACAUGUACCGUAUAUUUAAGAUACUUUCAGCAUGAACAUCAAGUCUAGUUACAUAUUCCAGCAUAAUUUUUUGUGUUGUUUAUCUUAUGUUUUACUAGUAAGAUACAAACUUAUAUGCUGAAAUUGGGAACAAGCACGUCAAAUGAAGCAUUGGGGGUGGGGUAUUUCUCAUAUGAUAUCAGUUUUGUGAAGGGUCUAUUUAUUUCUUAAGUUACAAUAGCUCAGAUAUGAGGUCUUAAUUCAGCAGAUGAACCAACAAUUGUAAAUAUUGUACGAAUAUUUCUGUGAAGUAACUAUGUAAUUCAUUGAUGUCUAAUUUCUGUGUAAACAAAGUUUCUAUAAAGGUUGUGAUUUAUUUUUAGAGGGAGAUAAAGAGAGGCAGCUGUGAUAUUGGUAUUGCACCAGGCAUAUAGAUGACUUUAUUUUAUGAAAAUAUUUCUCAUUGUAUAAUCGAAAGUCAGACCAUAUACUUAAUUGGCAAAUGACACAAAGCACAAUCAGUUUAUUAAGGUGAAAAGGUCAGUAUGGUUAACAUGGCCUUGUAAGCAUUACUUUCUGACAGCAUCAAUUUUCCAUAUUAAGUCCUAAUAUGUGCAUUUAUUUUUCUUUUUAUUAAUAUGUAUAUUAUCAUUAAUUAUACCACGACUUGUGACAUGUAAUAGUAUUGAAGACAUGGGCCUUUGAGAUUUGGAAUCAUGGUUACUAAGGAUCAAGGGAAGCUAGUGUAAGCGAAGGUUUUAAAUGAUGUGGACAUAUAAUUUAUGUCUGGUUAUUUGUUACUAAGUAUCUGUUGUACAUGCAUUGAAUUUUUUAAUGAACAUUUCAUUUCACUUUCACAUUAUAUCUCU